UGAGCGAAGGCUACAACGGCACCGUGUUCGCGUACGGCCAAACGGGAUGCGGCAAGUCGUUCUCCAUGCAAGGCACGCCGCGGGUGCCUCAGCAGAAGGGCAUCAUCCCGCGCUCCUUCGAACACGUGUUCGAGGCCAUCGCGGCGGCCGACUCGUCCAAGUACCUGGUGCACGCCUCCUACCUCGAGAUUUACAACGAGGACGUGCGGGACCUGCUGGCCGAGGACACGCGCAAAAGGCUCGACCUCAAGGAACAUCCGGACAAGGGCGUCUACGUGCCCGGCCUGUCUCUCGUGCCGGUGCACGACGUGGCAUCGUGCGAGUCGGUGAUGGAGCGUGGCUGGCGCAACCGCUCGGUGGGAGCGACGCUAAUGAACGCAGACUCGUCGCGUAGCCACUCCAUCUUCACCAUCCAUCUGGAGCAGAUGGAGCUCAACGCCCGCAACAACAUACGGACAGGGAAGCUCAAUCUCGUCGACCUGGCUGGCAGCGAGCGACAGACGAAGACAGGGGCGAGCGGGGAGCGCCUGCGCGAGGCGACCAAGAUCAACCUGUCGCUGUCGGCGCUGGGCAACGUCAUCUCGGCGCUGGUGGACGGCCGCAGCAAGCACAUCCCUUACCGGGACUCGAAGCUCACGCGGCUGCUGCAGGACUCCCUGGGCGGCAACACGCGCACCCUGAUGCUCGCCUGCAUCUCGCCGGCCGAUGUCAACUACGACGAGACGCUGAGCACGCUGCGCUACGCCAGCCGCGCCAAGAACAUCCAGAACCGGCCGUGCGUCAACGAGGACCCCAAGGACGCGCUGCUGCGCGAGUACCGCCAGGAGCUGGAGCGACUCAAGCAGCUGCUCUCCGGCGGAUCGUUCAUGGCGACGCCAUCCGACGCCACGCCGGCCCAGGCCGCCUCUUCCGCGACUCCCGAAGAACUGCCGGACAGCAACAGCGAAGUGGUAAACCAGCUUAAAAACGACUACGAGGCCCAGAUGACGGAGCUGCGCAACAAGUACCGUGAGGAACAGGAGAGCCGCGCCAAGCUUAUGAUGGACGUUGAGAAGAUGCGCAGCCAGUUCAAGAUGCAGAUGCAGCAGGUCGAGCAGAACCAGAGGGAGAAGGACGUAUCACAAGAGGUGAACAACAACCAUCUGAAGGUCGACGAGCAGGAGACGGAUCGCUGGGCCGAGCCAGUUGCAACUCCCGAGAAGCCCGAGAUUCGCGCACCCAACGCGUCGCCCUGCUUUGGAAACCAAGAGGAUCCAGCUAUCAUGGCCCAGAUGCAAGCAAGGGCUCUAGAAAGGCUGCGCGAAUUGCAAGGGAGGAUGCUGGGCGGCGAGAAGAAGCACGACGUCGAGCUGAAGGCGAGGCGCGCCAAGCGGAAAAGCAUCGCCGAGAAGAGGAUCCGCGCAUUGGCAGAGGCCUUGGCCAAGGUUGACGAUGAAGAGCGCACCUUGCUGCCAGAUUACGAUGACAUCAACGCGGAGCUCAAGGUCAAGUCCUCGAUGAUCCGAAAAGCGAAGCGAAAGAUCCAAACAUUGGAGCAGGAGGUGCGCGACCUCCAGCGGGAGUUCGAGACCGAGCGCACCGACUACCUGGAGACCAUCCGGCGGCAGGACCAGCAGCUGCGGCUCCUCUCGCAAAUACUGGACAAGGUGCAGCCGUGCAUCCGCCGAGACUCCAACUACGCCGACCUGGAGGCCGUCAAGGCGCAGAGCGUCUGGGACCAGGACGCGCAGCGCUGGAGGCUGCCCGAGCUCACCGUGCAGCAGAUGAAACUGCCGCCCGCGGCCGGAAUCCAGCCAGGAGCCAGAGUGACCCAGAAUACCGGUGACGCGCCGAGCCCUACCGCCAGCACGUUCGAUGCCAGCUCCCAGAGGAAUAGGCCGAGCUUUGGGAGUGACUUUGUGAACAGCAUCUUGAAGAAGCCACAUCGACAGGAAGAAUUGCUCAUAACCCUGCUGAAUGGAAACGGAGCUUCUAGGAAAUGCGGCCGAGAACGUUUGAGAGUUUCGAGUGGCCGCUGAAGUGGCUUACAAUGCAUUUGAACUCGAAUUGUUUUGGUCUGCUGAAGAAUAUGCGACUGACAAUCGGUGGGAAAUUCUGACCAAUAUUACAUGUGCGAGUGCCUUGUUGCCGUGUUUAGCGUAUAACAAGGAAUUUAUCUUUUGGCAUCUUGCUGACAGAUGCGUAGCAGUAGCUUAUUUCUUGGCCGUUUGUCCGGAGAGCCUGAACUGCUAGUUCGAGGCCCACAGAGUUCGUGCAGCUGAAGUUUUUGUUCAUAUGUUAGUUUUGUUCAAAGGUGCAUGGUCAAGUACUCGAGUCGUCGUCGUUUCGAUCAGUCAUAUGUAUAUGUUUCAGCAUUCAAGCUAUAGUUCACCCUAGAAUGUCGUCAGCUUUGUUGAUUGUUGCUUUGCCUGGGCUGUGUGCGAGGCAGAGUGCAAAUUAGCGUCAAAUUUUAUCUACUUCUUCGUGGUCUCUUGAUGCGGGGUUUUUUCGUUGAUUGGUUUACGCCCCAGGAAUUGAAUGACAAUGCCGACUAAGUAAACAAAGCGGCCCUGUUCUCUCGAACAAAGCGCCUACAAUGUUUGUGUAUAUAGCCCAAGUUGUGUAUUUGCUUGAUUGCUGGUUUUUGGUGAUUGCUGUUGGAAGAUGGCAGUCUCAGGUAUUUACUGUUCAAUCACAUUUCUCGUUUUCCUAAAGUGCUUUACACCUAACGUCAUUUCCAUCACUCAUGUUUGCGGUAGUGACACUAUCAUUAGGUAAAGUGCGAUAUUGAGAGACUUUCGCGAACAGUGCCUUCUUCGACUUGUAAGCCGAAGUUUAUAAGCCAAUUGAAUGUGCUGCUAGUGCGUAGCCGCCCACUUGAAUGCUGGUAGCUCCUGAAGGAAACAAAUAGUUUAGUAUUUGCGUGCUCUCUAACGCGGCUUUCUCUGUGCUCGACAUGUACUGGGGUGCGAUCUUGUACGCGUUCCAAAAUAGAACGGAGGUGGUCCGUUCCACCGAGCCGCACACGCUUGGUCAGUUUGAACGGUGUCGAACGCCAUGACGUCAAUUGUGAAGUGAUAUCUGCUGUCAAUCAUUCCGUGUUGUCUGCUAUCGGACGAACGCAACGGAACGGACCGCCAAUUUCGCGACGGAAAGAACGGACCGCCUCCGUUCGAGUUUGGAACGCGUACAAGAUCGCACUCCUGGUUGUAGCAGUGACCGUACUGCCGUAGAACUCGGCAUCACAAAGCCCUGCUUGCCGUUGACUAUUGUCUGUCCCCAUAGGCAUGCUGCGGCAACAGAGGGAAGUUGUAACUACUGUGGCUGAGUAGCAGAAUUUGUUUCAUAGUUGAACCGAAUACGUUCGGUGCCCCCUGGCAUGCAAGACACUUAAAAUGCAGAAGUGUAGCUCUUUCUUGUGCAAAACCGAAUUUGAAGUUGAAAAUGGUAUAGAUAUAAUCCACUAGUUGACAGAAAACCUAGCAGUUGACGUUGAAGGCGUGUUACGAGCAACGGAGAAACUUGAGCAGAUGAAAUUUUUUUUUUUUUACACAAGAGAAGAAGAAAACACUGCUGAUACAAGACAACCUUAAAGGGCAACAAACUCAAAGAAAUGAUUUCAUCAAAACUGAGAGCUGUGCGAGUUGGUGUGGUUCCAUGUUAACAAAAAAGUGCGCGAAAAGCGCCCGUGUUUGUCGUUUCUUCUCGUCUGCGUCUUUUUCGCGCACUUUUUCGUUAAGGUCAAAGAAAUAACGUUUUAUCCGCUACAGAGCUUAUGACUGUGUGGUCACGUAACCUAAGUAUACUGUUAGACCCCUUGUGCUGCCUCUGCAAGCUCAGUAGUGCAUUCAGGUUUUUGUCAGUGUAUGUUUAUGCCUGUGUGGCUCAUCGAGGCUCGUAACUGGAACGAGCGAAGUGGCCACCGAUGUUACGGCUACAAGCGGCAGCCCGACAAGAACUGUUCGAGCCGGCUGUUGUCCCAAUGCAGUUUGCGUGGCGUGCGUGGGACGCUCUUUUUCUUUUUCUUGUGGAAGUAACUUCACCGUCCUUGUGUCAGGCCUGCACGGUCUGGUAAACGCGGAAGUGUCGCCAGGCACCAUCCGUCUCAAGAGGUCGCAGGUCACAGCGCUCGUGGCUCCAGCAGCGGCGCCCGCGUUAUAAGGUUGCCAGCGCUCACCUCGGGCCGAAUUCAGUGACGUCAUUUUCAGUGCGCGUUGUUGUGCUUAACGAGCUCGCAGUGAAAAAAAAAAAAAAAUGUAUGCCAGCACAUUUUUAGCUCACAUAUCUUCAAAUGUUCCACCGCAUUGGCAAGGCUGCCGGUUUCUCCUGCCUUGUGCCAUUAUAGCAUGUGACGGAUGUUAGUUCUGAAUGUAUAAGUUUGCUACUAAAAAAGAAUUGAUGAUGGGAUGGCUUUCGAAGCGUUAGAGAUGUUUUUAAAGCUUAUGUCUCCCAGUCUAAUUUUUGAUGCCAUGACUCAUUCGUUUGGCAUCCGUUAUGUUAGUUUAACGGAUCACCGGCUUUCCUUCGCGCGCAUUACGUGAUCUCUCCUGCUACUUUUUGCCCAAUAACAGUACAACAUUUGGACUUCUUGCGUUUCCUGAGUUGAUUCUAAUUAUUGCUUCAAAAUACCAAAAUUUUAGUGAUUUGUGUGUGUCCACAAAACUGGUGAAAAUUCGCCCGUAGCAUUUUUGUUUGGUUGAAGCAAGCGCUACGUUUCUCACCUUUAUGUUCGAAAGCUAAUUUUGCUGAGUCAUGUCAUUUUCGAAACAUUCUAGAAACCGCGAAAUAAACGGAUAUGCCAUGGAAAAAGACAAAAGAUGGGGAGUACGCCUAAAUGUACAUUUAAGUGUUUAAACGAGCGUGAUUUUUGCUCCCUGAGAG